AUGGAAGAAGGUGCGACGACAAGAAGAUUCGAGUUGCUAUGCGUUUUCAUGCUCAGUUUUGGUCAGCUUUGUAUUAUGACUGGAUAUGAUUCGCAAGCUUUCAUUCUUGAAUCAGUUAUUCAUUCGAUUCAUGAAAGAGAACCAGAGACAAUCAGUAUUCAUUCGGGAUAUUAUGGGUGAGUUUGGAUAAGUCGUGGAGAAGCUAGAGCAAAACUGGAGACGCAGAAUCUAACAAUAAAAUCUAAUUUCCAGUCAAGCAGUUUGCUACCUCACCUACGUUUUCGCCUGUUUCAUUUCACCAUCUUUCCUCUACGCAACCAGUGCCAAAACAACUCUUCUUGUCUCUGCCAUUUGUUUCACCUCAUUCCAUUUCGGAUUCUUCUUCACCAAUACAUACUAUUACUAUUUGUCGAGUGCGGUGUCGGGAAUUGGAUUCGCAUUGUAUUACACGGGAAACGGUGAUUAUAUGACUUCCCAUUCAACCCGUCAAACUAUUGGGUCAAAUGUCUCAAUGUCUUGGGGUCUUAGUUGUUGUUGUAUGAUGAUUGGCGCGGUUAUUAUGGCUGUUAUCACUUCGUUGACUGCGACUGGAGUGGAGAUUGGUUCACAAAGAAGUUUCAGCGAUGGUGAAAUGUGGGUUUUCUUGAAGAAGACAUCUCUAAUAAAUCAAUAGUUUUGCAGCUAUCUCCUGUUCUCUGCAUUUGCUGCAAUUUCGAUGAUCGCUGUCAUAACUUUCAUCUUGAUUCCAUCCAAAGAUGUGUCAAAUUGUAUUGAAAGUAGCGAGAAGAGAGUCGAAUUUAUGCAAGGCAUCCGAUUGAUGAAAAAAGCGUUGAUGUCACCAAAAAUGUUCCGACUUGCUCCGUCUUUUCUGCUCUGCGGUAUUCAUACGUCGUUUUGGAUUUCGGUUUAUCCGACUUCGCUGAUGUUCAAUGCGCAUAAUGCGGCGAUGAUUUAUUUACCGGCUAUUUAUUGUUUUGCUGUUGGGCUUGGCGAGACAUUGAGUGAGUUAGAAUUGAGAAAGUAAAACAGCGAGCAGUGGGACUCGAACCCACAAAGAGGUGUCUGAUUGGUAGGCAGAGCUCUCCACGACUACACCACGCGUGUAAAUAAUAAAUGAGUAAUUUUUGAUAAUUAUAUGUGAAGCCCAUAGUCAAAAAAAUAAGACAAAUUGUAAAACUGCUGAAAAUGAGUGCCCCGAUCACUUUUUUUCUUAAAAAGUGAUCAAGAAUAUCUGGCAGCUACCCCAAUUCUAUAAAUUUCAAAUUUUCAGUGGGUCUCGUGAUUUCAACAAUGAGCAAACGAAUCGAAGACUUUGGUCUCCGCCCAACAAUGCUGAUUGGCUGUUGUUCAACAAUCCUUUAUUGUCUUCUCGCACUUCUCACCACUCCAUUCAACGCAACAACAACUCCAACCACACUCGAACCACUUUUUCUGUCAACCAACACGAAUCUUAGUGUUCAUUGUUGGUUUGAUUGGUGGCAUCAGUGA